AGCAGGCAGACGCUUCGCUAGUAGCCAACGGAGGUGUGGAGAAACUACUAAACUCCUAUCGAUCGCUCUCUUCAUCUCACACGUUUUCCUGAGAUUGACUGCGUUGCGUCUUUUAGUUUGUACUUACUACUGAUGGUGUUAUGUGCUUGGCUGGAGUUGAUGCUCAGUGUCGAUCGUUUUUUUUUCGUUUGAUUUUCAAUGUCUUGUCUAUUCCGGUGCUGCCACGAACAAAGCCUUGAGUUGUAGGAAAUAUCACCAGCAGAGUUUGGAAUUCUUCUAUUGUGGAUGCAACAAGAAAUUAUUUACCUAUAUACAGAAAUGCGAAACGAGUGGUGAGUUGUGUACGUUUCCGAAUUAUACAGGUAGUGUUACUGAUCAUGUGAACCUGUUUGAUAAGAAAUAUUCCUCCUCGAUGGACUGCUUUUGCGAAGAGCCCCGCGCUUUCUAAUGGAUGAAUUUUAACACUUUAUUAGCGUGUAACUCCUGCAACAUGGAAAAAAGCCGAAUGAAAACGAAACAAUAUUAAGACCACUUGUGAAAAAGCUCUCAGAAAAUGUGCCCCCAGAAUCCGAAACGACAAUCAGUACGGGUGAGCAACUGCAGAAGUACAUUUGUACAACGAACAACCUAGCGACUAUUCCAGGGAAACAGAUGAAAAACUCUGUAGAAUCGGGAUCUAUGUUGAGCAAAAAUGAGACCGAGAAUGAACGAGAUGUUUUCGAAGUCAAGCAAAAUAUUGAGAAUAUUCUCCAGCGGCAGGGUACAAAAAUUUCGGAAAACUUAUACUCUAGUCAAUUGAGCACAGGUGAAGAUGAAAAUUGGCAGGAAAAUCAAUGUAUUGGCAACUUUACAGAUAUUAUACCCAUUGUUAAAAAUGAGCUCAAUAAGGCGAAUAAACUCUUAGAAAAAGAUGAAACGACAAACAUUUUGCUGGAAUCAUACGAAGCUGAAAAAAAAGUGCUCGAAUUAACCAAGCAGGUCGAAAUUGAACGUUUGAAGGUACAAAAAUUGUAUAAGAAUCUUAGGGAUAAAAAACAGAGGUUAGAUAAGAGGACUGCUGAAUAUAACGAACUGUCAGCACAGCUAAUGGAUAACCUUCAAGAUACAGAUGCUUACAAGGAACAAGUUGAACACCUUGAGAGGGCAAUACAGCAUCGUGCGACUACGGAAGCUAAGUUACGUACUGAUUUAGAAGCUCUCAGGCAAAACUCGGCCAAAGAUUUGGAGGCACAGGACGAAAAAAACAAAAUUUUGCAUGCUCAACUGAAGGAAGCUCGCAAACAUAUCGAGCGUUUGGAAUCGCAAAACAAGAUCUUGAGUUCAAAAAAUGGAGAGAUGAAUGACUGCUGCGAGGAGAAACCCAAUAAGGAUGAAAUCCCACCAGUUGAUGAGAAGAUUCAACUGGAGGAGGCGGAGCACGAAAUACAAGAUCAGCUCGGUAUACAAGAACGUUAUCUGCAUCACAUUAAGUUACUCCAGGAAGAGAAUUAUGAUUUAACUAUUGCUGUGCAGGAGCUUUCAAUGAAAAUUGUUACAUUAGAGGACCAGAUAGUGAGACCCGAUGUUCAGGAUGGGAUAAUUACAAAUAAGCUAAAAACAUGCCUCGAAGUGAUAAAAGAAGAAAAAGAGCAAUUAUCAGAGAAUGUUUUAGAACUACAACCAAUCGCUAAAGAAACUAUUCCGUCGAAGAAUAAAGCAACGGAAGGCAAUGGGUUGCUUCAAAUACUUAAUGAGAAGCAAAGCGAAGAACGAAAUCUUCCAAAAUCUCUGGAUGAGAGCAUGCACGAAAACGAAAAACUAUUGGCCAGGUUGCUAUCAUUGGAAAAUGAUAUGGAAGAAUCAGCCAACAUCCGAGAGCACCUGGAGCAAGAAGUAUGUGCUUUGAAAGUUGACCUUGGUAAUUUAGAUCGGCAGUUGAAAGAGUACAAUGCAAAGGUCGAACGUCUUCAGAAGCAAAAUGACAAUUGUCGACACGAGCUGCAAAAGAAAACUGAUGAGGUCGAUCGUAGCACAAAGGAGCUAAGGAUGAUGCAACAGUCGAUUGAAUACCUAGAGCAAGAACUGAUUCAAGAGCGACAGGAAAAUAAUGAUCGAAUGGAAGAAAAUAAAACCCUGCUUUUGCGACUAGAAGAUUACGCUGAACGGCAUGAGACUCUAGAACAGAAAGAAGAUCUAACUAAGGAAGUGGAGAAACUUGAAGUAGAAGUAUCCGUACUAUCGGAUAGACUGAAAGAUGGUUCAAAAGUGAAGCGGGAGCUAGAGAUAUCACUAGAACUGAUAGAACGACUGAGAAGCGAAACAAAUGACUUAAAAACAUGUAUCAACACUGAACAAAAAUAUUCAUCCAAACUAAAACAUCGUAUUGACGAAUCGGUAAAGAUUAAGCGCGAGUUAGAACACGAAAUCAGUGUGCUACAAGCGAAUCAUAAAACGAUUCUAAGGACUUAUGCUGAUCUAAUGACGAAACAGCAACCGUUAGAAGAGCAGUUAACCAAAUGUGAAGCGAGAUUGAUCGAAACUGAGGAAACAUUGACUGCUCGAACAGAUGAUCCUCAUAAUCUCAUAGAAGAUCACAACCGAAAGCUCGAUGAAAAGGAGAAAACGAUCAGUGAGUUAAGCGAACGUAUUAGUAAACUAGAGCAGGAAAAGAUUGAAUUGCAGAAACUUGUCUUCUCUGAAAAACAGAAUAAACCGAGAGAUCAACAGCGAACUGUGUCGUGCAGUCCGCUCAUCGUGAAUUGUAAUCUAACGGAGUCGUAUCCAAUAAAUACAAUGCAGAUAUCCGAGGCUACGACCGAACUGAACACUGUUGGACACCUUCAGAUAUUUGAACAUGAUGGUGAGCAGUCCCAACCGGCACUAAACUUUGUGAAUAACACAAAGCAUCGUUCACUUGAUGCCAACCCACCGAAACAUGAGGAAGUAAGUGCCAUCCAUAGAGGCGUAGACUGGAAACGAAGAUCAUGCCGACAAAGCAAGCAUGACAGUCUGCGUGGUUUGCCAUCAAAAACAUAAAUCGAUCAGGUUUGAAAUUAACCGCAACUUAAUUUAAGCAGUUGUAGUUAUUGAAAUGUUAGUUAAGAUAUAGGAAACGCUUCAGAAAAAGUCGAUUGCUUAAUCAUCUGGAUGAUUGAAGUAAAAGAAUUAAAAAUUUAAUCAGGGUGCUGGAGUCAUUCUGUUGUGCAAAUCCUGUUUGUUUAUGGUUAAGUUACUCAAUCUUCUUCAAUGGCAACAAGAGAAGAUUCUUCGUUACAACAGUAGACAUUAUAGCUUACUAGAAUGACCGUGAAACUAAAUAAUUUAAUGUAUGAAUACAUUUUAAACACCACUUCGAUGACCUUGUUGCUUGAUCGACUAGUCGACUGCGCGAUGUGUGUACGAGCCAUCUGGCAAGGGAAGACAGACCAUUUAAUUCUACUUAAUUGUGAAAUGCCAUCAGUUACAGCGCCUCUAUCGCCUAAAAUUUGAAGCACAAUGUGGAAGUAUCAAUGUGUUAUAACUGCAUAUAUUUACAACUUGACACCCACACAAGGAUACACACGCGGAAGCGUCGUUGUUGAUAACUGUCUGGAUUUUGACAGAGCUAUCGGUAUUCUUUAAAUGAUGGUUUUGAUCAAAGUCCUUAUAUUGUUUAGAGAGACUUUGGGUUUUGAUAAAAUAUUUACUAGACAAAGAUACUACAUCGUAUAGGUAAACGUAAAAGUGCCACCUAGUCAUUCGUCCAGUUAGGUCAACAAAGUUUUUUAGGUCAAUAUUUAAAAAUAAAUCCAUCCGAAUGAUA